GCUUUGUGGCACGAGUUCCAGCAUUCGGCAUAUCACAAUAUGAAAUGGUGGAGGAUCAGACAGCUUCUUCUUACUCAGUAUUGUCAACAAUCACUACUUAUGGCAGUCAAGUAGUCAAAAUUGAAAAGUUUAGAAACGAAAAUAGGAAAUCUCUUUCUCAAAUAUCUGUCAAGAAUGAUGUUUUAUCUGCAGUGUUCUCAUCUGAGCAGGGUCUUUUAAAGUCAUUGACAAGAUUGUCUGAUGGUGUAACUACUGAACUAAACAUGGGAUUUGUGAUGUAUGGCACGAGUUCCAAUAGAGACAAGAGUGGAGCCUACUUGUUCCUUCCUGAUGGAGAUGCACAGCCAGUUCAAGACAGGGCAACUUUUGUUCGAGUUAUCAGAGGACCUUUAAUUCAGCGUGUUACAUCGUUUCUACCACGUGUAGAAUGUGAAGUUACUUUUAUCAACUCACCAGGGACAGCGGCGUCAUCCGCUAUGUGAAGGCUUUGGGCUAGCACUGACAAUCCACCUGGAGGUUGGCCAGAGUCAUCCAAGGCACUGACUGCGGCACAGCUCUGGGACUGGACACCAAGGCCCACAAAUACCCUUCUGCUGCAGGAUGUUACUGCCAAGCCAGCGGUCUUGUCUACCCCAAGUCAAUGACCAGGUACUCAGUUUUACUUCUGAGUC